CGAAAAUAAUAGCCUUCGUUAGAAGAAAAAUAUCAUGGCACAAGCUCAACAGAAGAGGUCAGAACUGGACGCCAAGGCCAAGCAUGGCGAAACCGUCGUCCCCGGUGGCACAGGAGGCAAAAGCCUUGAAGCUCAACAACACCUUGCUGAAGGAAGGAGCAAGGGUGGUCAGACUCGAAAAGAUCAGCUGGGGACCGAGGGGUACCAGGAGCUGGGCAGCAAGGGUGGUCAGACUCGAAAAGAGCAGCUGGGAACCGAGGGGUACCAGGAGCUUGGCAGCAAGGGUGGGCAGGCUCGAAAGGAGCAACUGGGAACAGAGGGUUACAAGGAGAUGGGCAGCAAAGGCGGGGAGGCGCGUAAGGAAGAGAUGGGAAGUGAAGGGUAUAAGGAGAUGGGGCGUAAAGGUGGUCUGAGCACCACUGAGAAGUCGGGUCAAGAGCGUGUUGAGGAAGAAGGUAUCGAGAUCGACGAGUCCAAGUAUCGAACCAAGACCUGAUGGGUUGAUUGAUCUCGAGUAGUAGCAAGUGGUUUAUGAUCAGUUGUAACGUAAAUAUAUAUGUUUCAGUUUCAAGUCUUAAGGUUGGAUAUGAAGUAGUGGUAUCGUGUUUUGAAUGUUGGUUAGUCGGUCUGUUGCCGGGUGUAGCUUUUUGUGGGGGCAAUAGGCUGUAUGUACAUUUUGCGUAUGAAUAUAUAUGUUCUAUAUAAUCAUAUGGCUUUUUAUUU